AAUAUUCCUGCCACCAGCUGCUCUCCUAUCUUGUUUCACUGCUGCUGAAGCGCCAGUGGGCCCCACGCUUCCUGGGACCUGCAUUCGUGAUGUUUAAGCUGUCGGACUUAUGCGAGGGAAAGAAAAAUAAGAAAGCGGAAGACAAAAGGGGGAUUGUCGCAGUGGUUGGGAGCGCUGUGCUGGGUGAUGAAACGAGAAAUUGGGGGUUGCCUUUUUAGGCGAUCAAUAGCACAACGGUCUCACAGGAAGCCGAUUCCCCUUCCGUCUCGUACGUCCAGACAAGAAAACAUAUUUUCCGUCCCUUUCGUAGAGGAUACAAUCGACAAAGGUAAAAUGGUACGUACGUACUCGGGGAAAUAUAACACGGCUAGGACUACCACCGAUGAACACAUGGAUACCACACUUGGAGAGCACUUUGGUCGGAGAACUACAAAAAAAAGACCAUAUUCUUUUACGAAGAGAAUACUUGAUAUUAAAUAUUCGGGGACCUGCACCAGUGCCAAAAGAAUAUCAGCAUACCAGCAUACCAUCAUCCCCCUAGCACGUGCGACGUCUGGAUGGCCAUAUGGAUACGGCACAAUGCGGUACCAUGACUAUUCGGUAGUUUUCCUCACCCAGGCAUGGUGCACUACCAGAGAAGCAUAAAAAUAGACCUUUAAUUGCAGCGAAAUCACCUUGCUCCUGCUUCCUUUUCUCAUCCCUCACGAUGCUCACUGUGAUCACUGCCCUUGCUCCUCUCGCUCUGGCCAUUCAGCUUCCCAUACAGUCUGGAUCUGUAGAUUUUUAUGAUCCA